AGGGAGGGAAACUGGUACUUUUGAUCUCCCGGUUCUGCCCGGUUCAGCCCGGUUCCCUGUGAAAGGUGGAAAAUCGAUUCUUUGCUAUUAUGUGUCGGAAAAGGUAGCAUGGUAAACGUAAUUGUGUAUGUCGUACACACAUAAGUACAUGAUACGUGACGUUUUAUAUACUAGUUGCCGGUGUGCAACUCUAGACGCUUAUCUUAUGCAUUUACAAGAAUGCAACUACUGUACUGUGCUAUACCAUACACCAAGUGCACUGUAGUGCCGUUAAUGCGAAGAGUAUGAAUGGAUAGAAAGAAUGGUUCCUGAAAGAUUUGACAAGAAUGCCGCGGCAUAUGUAAAAUGUCCGUGAAGAGAGAUUAGACACGCAGGAGAAAACAGACGUCACGUGAAUAAUGAAUGUGCAGCGGCGGAACCUUUUAUUUUAAAGUAAACGAGACCAAGUACAACAGCUCUUCAUGGCUUUAUCGGCAGAUGACAUGACGUGUCUAUUUUGGUCGAGAAAAGAGAGAAGACGAUGGUUCAUCUUGUUAUUGUGCGGAACAUGUUUGGUAUAUGCUACAAGGACUUCGGUCCCAUUGCUCAUGCCCACUAUCAUAGAAGAAAAUCAUUGGAGCAAAACUGAUUCUGGAAUAUUUCUAUCCAGUUUCUUUUGGGGCUACACCCUGACUCAAGUUGCUGGUGGAUAUAUUAGUGACCGAAUUGGAGGUCAGAAAGUAAUGUGGAUAUCCGCUCUUGGAUGGUCAUUCAUUACAUGCCUCAUGCCAAUAAUCAUGAAAUUAUUGUCAGAUAGUGAUUUUGUCAUACAACUGCUAGCACUAGUACGAACUAUCAAUGGAGCUUUUCAGGGGAUGCACUUUCCUAGUAUGAUCAGUUUGACGAGUCAACGCUUACAUGAAUCUGAAAGAGCUUCAUUCUUCAGUUUACUGACUGCAGGAUCUGCUUUAGGCAUUCUUUUAACUGGUUCAUUAGGAUCGUACAUUUUGGAAAACUAUGACUGGACUGUAGUUUUUAAAGUUUUAGGAGGUUUAAGUUUGCUGUGGACAGGCUGCUUAAGCUACUACUGUACGUCUCUAAAGGGGACGACCAUUUCCACUAACAAAUCUUCCAACAACCACAGCCUACCAUGGUCGGAAUUACUUUCAAAACCUCCAUUUUGGUCUUGCGUAAUUGGUCAUGCCUGUCAAAACAAUUGUUUUUUCGUUAUACUUUCGUGGAUGCCAAUGUACUUUCAUGAAACUUACCCAGAAGCGAAGGGUUGGAUUGUAAACAUGCUACCAUGGAUUCCUUCAUUACCUUGCACAUAUUUAGGAAAAAUUCUAUCAGAGAAAUUGAUUAAGGCAGGUUACACAAUUACUGUAACGAGGAAAAUUGUCCAAACUAUUUGUUUCAUGACACAGUCCAUCAAUUUAUUAUUUCUCGCAAGAGCAGAAACCUUUCAAGGUGCAUUAUUAUGUUUCACACUUAUAAUCGGUGGUUCAGGAUUUCACAAUACUGCUAUAGUCGUAAAUCCUGCAGAUCUGGCACCAAAAUAUGCUGGCAGUGUGUUUGGUUUAAUGAAUACGGUUGGUGCAAUUCCUGGUUCCUUAGGAGUAUACUUUGCUGGUUAUAUUUUACACACGACGCAUAGCUGGCCUAUCGUCUUUAUCGUCACUUCUAUGAUCGAGACUCUAGGAUGUAUCAUUUAUUUAUGGUUUGGAUCUGGCAAUUCAAUAAUUUAAAUGUACAUCAAAACUGACUGUUCAUAGAUCCAACAAUCUGACGCAACAAAUGAUUAAAUAUGACAUAAUUAUACCAAGCAUAGACAAUAUAUCAAUACAUAUCGCUUGAAUUAUUUAAAAAAAUUAUGAAUAGGAAGACUUUUUAGUCAUGGGAUAAGAGCACUUUUUCUAGAUGUUAAUAACAAAGAAAGAUUAGAAAAGAAAUACGCGCCUAAUACACUUAAUGGUUACAUGAGUAUUAUUUUUUAUGUGAACUGAU